GGGCCCAGGCAGAAUAUGUGGCGACGACAAUUCAAAAAGGAUUACGCACAGAUGGUAUUUGGAAAUACUUCGAAUCGGAAAUUCACUACCUUCACGACAGUAACGCUUAGCUUAUUCGUAGGACUAGUUAUAUUGGUUACCCGUUUAGGCUCAGGUUGGCAUGUUGCUCAAUCGACUAUCGUCGCCCCGUACAAGGCGUUCUCGCGGGAAAAGCUCCCGGCUCGGUUGGGCGCCCACAUCGGACUGAUGCACAUCAACAUUACGCUGGCGGCUCUGCCAGUUGGCAACUGGUCCACCCCGGAUAUUGACUUCAACGAACGAUUUAGCUGGGAACAGGCUAAUGAUAUGGGCAACUCGUACAAAAACGCUUUGCAGCGUGGCUUGCCGUAUCCAAUUCUGACCGUGGCGGAAUAUUUCAGUCUGGGUCAGGAAGGAUUCUGCUGGGGUGGACAGUAUCGCGCAGCUGGCUACUACGCUAGCAUACUGUUGUGGGCAUCUUUCGCCUCGUGGCUGAUGAUGAACUUGCUGCUGGUGGCUGUGCCACGGUAUGGGGCCUACAUGAUGACUCUCACCGGAGGUCUGCUGAUAGGGGCCAGCGUUGGCUACAGUCAGAUGCUACCAAAGCAACCGUUGACGAUCUUCAUCGAAGGAGGCCGGAUCAGUUUUCGGCUAGGGUGGUGCUUUUGGCUUGUGCUGGUUGCAGGUAUCCUCUGCUUAUCGAUUGGACUGAUAAUAGCAAUUAUCGAUUUGGUUUGGCCACACCGAUUCUCAACCAUCCUGGAGGUUUAUUACGACACGCCCUAUGACAGACACGUGAUAUUAGAAGAAUCUCACGAUGUUCGAUACCGCAAACGUAAUAGCAAAGGUUUGGAGGAACCCCCUGGUCUUGGAUCGCGUAUCCUGCGCCGGCUAUCAUCGAAAACUCGGGACCAAACAAAUGACAAGGCGGGCAUCGAAAACCGCGGUUUCCAGCACGACGUCCCAAAGUCGCCCUGGCGCUAUCCGUUCCGCCGGGCCCAGCAAAACCCACCGCAAGGAAUCCAGCGUACAAUUUCGCAAGACUCUAACUCCAGCAUCGCAUCCGCAGCUGCCAUGUCUCAAUCGUUACAUAAAGUAGCACUUUCCAGAAUGCUUCCGAAACCACCUCUGGAGCGGACUCGCGAAAUCUCCAACUGGUAGACGAUAGGCAACCAUCGACAUCCAUGUACCAACAAUCGGUUCAAAACCGGAAGCCUCACUUAAAGCUAGAAACCACACGUGUGCAACUUUUACGUGAUGAAUCUCUUGUGAUAUUAAAUCGUAAAACAGCGAGCUGACAAAAACGAAAUAACUAAUCGAGAUAAACAAAUUCCAAGUUAUCAUGGAAAGACUUGUCCGAGUGCAACUUACCAUAAGUAUAGGACGAAACAAUUUUAUAGAUUAGGACUGAAUUGAAAAUGGCUUCGUACGGAGCAAAUUUUAACUGACCGUGUCUAGCAUUAAAAUUUAGCGAUAGUAGUAUUCUAGGUAUUAAUCAACGAUUGCUUAGAAUUAAGACUGGCCAAUUUGCGUAAAGCGCGUAUCAUAUUCGUAACAGUUAUCAGUGAACCUUUACAAGACUAUCAGGAACAAGUUUCAUGCCCUUUUAACUUAUUUAUUAAUUCGUUCGUGUACGGAGUUUUACGAGUAUGUAGGUUGAAUUUUUAUUAAAAGAAACUAGUGGAGAAGAACCAAGUAUUACUUAAACAUGUGUCAUGGAGAAAGAAGAUUGUAAUGAUUACUGUAGAUAAACGAAUAAACAUAAUUGUGACAUAGUA